CAAGGCAGGUAGCUCAGAGUACUAGUCUGCAUAGGUCGAACCUCAACCCUUCUCCUAGAUCAAUCAAAACAGAAAAAGAUCUUAAAUGUGAAACCGUUGAACUUGUGUAAGAAACUAAUACAAUAAUUGUGUGAAAUAUUUCGCUGAUUUUUGAAAUUAAAACUAAAGUUUAAGAGUUAAUAUUGGAAAAACAAUAAAUUGAACAAAAUGUUGAUGUCUGACGGACCUUGGAACCCUGAACAUAUUUACCAAGAAAUUGUUGGAUAUGGUAAAACUAGACAGAGAGUUAAUGUAGUUGAGGAGCUGCAAGAGUUCUGGCAGAUGAAAGCUGCUCGAGGAGCUGCUCUCAAGAACGGAGCUCUUGUUAUCUAUGAGAGUGUCCCCAGCAGCUCCCAUCCCUAUAUCUGUUAUGUAACCCUGCCGGGAGGAUCUAUGUAAGGCUGCCACGGGAGUUGUCCAACUAAAGCUGAAGCCCGACGAAGUGCAGCAAGGAUAGCUCUCAUGAACUCAGUAUUUAAUGAACAACCAUCACGAAGAAUCACCGUGGAGUUUAUUGAAGGAGCAGUUAUGGAAGCAGGACAAGGAUACGGGGGUGGUCGGUUAGACAUGGAGGGAGGUGGGACGGGUAUUGGAGCAUAUAGGUUUAUGCUGGAGCAGAACCUGGGCAAAACUAUGUUAGAAUUCCAGGAACUUAUGACAGUGUUCCAACUUCUACAUUGGAACGGCUCUCUGAAGGCUAUGCGAGAACGUCAGUGCAGUAGACAAGAGGUAGUUCAACACUACUCCCAUAGAGCCCUGGAUGAUGAUAUGAGGUCACAGAUGGCGCUGGACUGGAUUGCACGGGAGCAGGAGAUCCCGGGGAUAAUUGCUCGAGAACUCAACCUGGCAGAGAGAGAUCUUGAAUCUUCCAGGUUGGCUGGACGAGAGCUGAGGUUUCCUAAAGAAAGGAAGGAUAUCUUGAUGCUUGCAAGUAGUCAAGUUGGAGGAGCAAUGGAUUAGAAAAUUAAAUAUUUAACUUUUUCCCUCAUUUAUUCUCUAAUUUAAACAUUCAAGUUAAAUCUCUGUUUCCGAGAUAAUUUUCUUGUAAAAGGUCUUUUUUGUUUUUUUUUCUCAUUUUUUUAUGUUUUCUCAUUUCUAUCGCUCUCAAAUAUACAAUGUGAUGUGAGAAAUACAAAUAUACAAUCAUAGAAAAUGAAAUUAAUUUCCUUUAACACUUGCCAUAUUAUUACUAAUAACAGUUUAAAUUUCUUGAUAGCAUAAAAAUCAUCCAUUACGAAUAUUUACUGUCCAUAACAAGUUUUUCACCUUCAGCGUUGGGACCAAAAAUAUCUGAGUUUAACGACGUUUUCUUUAAAUAUAAUUUACAUCGUUAGUUCACAUAUUCUUAUAUAUAUAUGCAGCCGGUAGUAUGUUCAGUGAACCUUUAUACAGUGUUUAUCAUUAGCUAUAUAAUCUUAAUAUUUUAGUACAUUGUAUAUAGCGUUGUAUACGCAUAAAUGAUAUCGUUUACAUAGCAAGCUUAAUGCAUAAUAAGCUAAGUUGUGAAACUACUGCAUAAUUUAUUAUUUUCUUGUCUAUCUGUUGGUUUGUAUCCAAUAAACGUCAAAACUGUUGA